GGCUGAUGGAAUGACGUCUUUCAGCCACACUUCGUGGCUCGGGAAGUGUGUGGGAAUUCCUCAAAUGUCACUACAAGUGUGAUUCUAAUAAGGGACGCAGGAAGGCGUGUUGAUCUACUGCAGUCAACUACACGCGCUAUUGAAAACCGGAGACCAUGUCUGCAAUCAAGCUCGCCCUGCAACAGAACCAGAAAAGGGACAGGAGGAAAACCCCGGAAGCCAAGUCUGCCGAAGUGUCUCCAGACUCCAAGUGUCCGAUCUGCUUGGAUGUCUUUAACAACAUUGCCUACCUGGACAUCUGUCUGCAUAAGUUCUGCUUUCGCUGCAUUCACGAGUGGUCCAAGAACAAGGCCGAAUGUCCAUUAUGCAAGCAGCCGUUUAAUUCCAUUUAUCACAGUAUAAAAUCAGAGCAAGACUUUAAACAGUAUGACCUGAAGCCAGUGACUAAUGGAUCAUUUGGGAUGUUUGGCGGUGUGCGGUUUAGGUACCGCACCACUCUUACUGGGAUGCAUCGGCAGCGGUGGGGAAGGACCUCGCCCCCUCCAGACAACGGCGUCAUAUUUGAAUCGACCGCCAAUCCUCCCCAGCAGCCGCAGACUCGUUACAUCAGGCGCAUGAUGACGAGGAUGGCGGCCAAGAGGAGAGCCGCGAGCGAAGGCCGGAUGUUUCACAAUGUCAGAGAGCUAGAAAUGGUCAACUUCCGGCGAGAACUUUACCGACAGGGUUUGAGGGUCCGCGCUGUGCGCGACGGCGGACGUUCUAGGGACACCUCGGCCGAGUUCUAUCGCAAAAACCCCGCCUGCUUGCACAGACUUAUCCCUUGGCUAAAAAGAGAGCUUGUGGUGCUAUAUGGUGCGCAUGGCUCCCUGGUCAACAUCGUCCAGCACAUCAUCAUGUCGCGCAUUACCCGCAUGGACAUGGAAGACAGAGCCAUCCAGGAAGAGCUCUGGCCGUUUCUGCAGGGCCGCACGGAGCAUUUUCUGCACGAAUUCAUAAGCUUCGCCAAGUCCCCGUUCAACAUGGAAGCCUACGACCAGCACGCCACGUACGAGGGCUCGGCCCACUCCUCCAAUUCGGACAUCAGCUCCAACUCAUCCGUCAUAGCGAUUUCCGAGGAUGAGCAUGUGGAUGUGGAUUUGGAACCCCCCAGGACCCCCGGAUACGCCCCGUCCAAUCUGAGCCACUCUCUAUGGGACGACGAGACGCCGGGGCCGUCGUACUCCACCACGGCCGAACGGAGUCGAGCAGGAAGGGAGUCAGUCCAUGACUCCGACUCGGAUAGCAGCGUAGAGGACGAAGCGCAAGAAAUCGAAGCUUCACCCCCGCAAGGAAACGCUAUACGCAUUCAAGUCGAUGAGUGUUUGUCUUCAGCGAGCGAUGACUGUGUCAUUGUAGCUUUCGUCAAGCCGAGCUCCGAGAGAACUCCCGAGUUGGUCCAGCUCUCCUCCGACGAGUACUGGAGCGACGACGCUAAAGAAGUGCCGCCCUUGCCGCAGCACGUUCGCUUCGACAGCGACAAUCCUUCAGCGUCGCCGAGAAGCGAGCCCAGCGGCGCAGACCGCUGUCAUCAUUUUGAUGCCAAAGAAAGACACGGUACUCUGAAGUCGAAAGUGUACAAGGCACCAAGCGAAUCAGAGAGAAAAGACAGAGGCGGUCGCGAGCGAUCCAGCCAGAAACGCGGCUCGAACGACAGAAAGCACAGGAGGAAAAGGUCGAGUGCGGAGCGCAGACGCCACAGCCGGAGCCCGGUUACCUGUCACAUCAGAGAGAGAGACUAUUACUACUCCAACAGCAGAGACUGGAUCAGCGACAGUAAAUACAAAAGGAAAGAGAGCGACUUCCACCAUCAAGCUGGCCGAAAGCAUUCCGACCGACGCUCUCGCUCCAGGAGUCGGAGCAGGGAAUCACGGCGGCGAGAGAAGCGGAGGUCCAAGUCCAGGACUUGCUCGAGCUCGCCGUCGACAAGACGGUCUAACCACGAAAAGCCCGGCGGCAAGAGAAAAUACAAAACCCGACAUCUUGAGAAUCCCCCGUCCCCCAAAGACGACACCCCCACCACAGAGACGAAACCCGAAGACGGGAAAGAUGAGAGGAGUCAGAGUGUCCGGAGCAGGCGUCACAAGAAGAAGAAGAAGAAACACAAGAAGAAGAGCCGGCGGCACAGGAGCACAGAGAAACAUUCACCGAUCACCAUCGACAGUGACAGCGAUCAUGCCGAUGAUACCCGGGCGGGAACCUCCAGCAAGGACCCAUCCCCCAUUAACGACGCCAUAGAGGAGCCAAAUAACUCUAUUUGUGGCUUGAGCUUAUAGCAAAAACUACCCCUCACGUCCCUGCCUGCAGUAUUUUUAAUCGUACAGUAGCCAGUAUGCGAUACUGGCUGGCGUGGCAACACCAGACACAGAACACCUCUUUACUUCAUCAUGUUCAUGAACUAUGUUCUUCACCCUUAAGCAGAUCUAUAACUGAGGGUCCUCGAGUUAAGACACAGUUCCGUUCCUACAGCGGAAGAUUCAACCUGAAUUUUUACCUCUCUCACUUAAUUCUCUUUGUUUUAAUGAGCAAAUACUUUCAAGACAGUGAAGAAGAAAGAUAAGUUACUUUGGUUUUAAUAAACCAAGGUCCCCACCACCUUUCGCGAUAAACAUUCAGGGCGUCCUCGGUUUACAGAGUUCCAUUCCCACUGCAGCAGUGAAAUAACCCGAAUUUGUACGUAAAUCAGAACAAGUCGUAGUCUAACUUACACUGACGCAGUAGCAAAGUCAUAAUUACAGAAUACUUCUAGGCCAUAAAUAUAAACGAAAUAAAAACCAGUAAAUAGGGCGGUAACUCAGCAUUCCUCUUGUGCCGCGUGACAAUAUAUUCUCACGCCGCGGUGCAAACUAGCUCAUUGCAUGCUGUUCAUAACCUUGAAACUUCCUAUGUCAAUAUAAUAAAACCGCGGGCCGCCUGUACUUGGCAAAAAUGAAGCAACCUUUACGGUUUAGUCGAAAUCCAGCGUAUGUGGCUUGUUGAAAAGUUGAAGGAAAAGUCUAUUAUUGGUUAUAUGCUAAAGCCACGUUGGUCUGUCGGUUUACGAUGAAGUUCUGUUCCUAUGGCACCGACUAACCUUAAUUUUUGUCAGUACGUGCCAGAGUCUAAGUAUGCACUAAUCCUCCAAGAGUAGAUAAAUAUUUGUAUGAAAAACACCCGUCGGCUGUAAAUACAGUAAAAAAAAAAAAACACCCCAACAACAAUCAA